AUGUUCUCUAAUAUUUUUCAGCCCAACGCUGAAACUGAUGAUGAUAUUACCCCCCUAUUGUCAGCAGUGGCUGCUGGUUCUCUGGCUUGCUUGGAUUUAUUGAUUCAGGCAGGUGCUAAAGUAAAUAUCAGUGCUGGUGGAGCAACCCCUCUUCAUAUUGCUGCUGAUAGUGGGAACCUUGAAAUUAUUAAUAGUUUGUUACAAGCUGGGGCCGAUCCUAAUGCCAUUGAUGAGGAUGGGCUAAAGCCAGUACAGGUUGCAGCAGCUAGAGGUAAUCGGGCAGCUGUGGAGAUUCUUCUUCCGUUGACUUCAGCAGUUGAGGCAAUUCCUAAUUGGACCACUGAUGGAGUACUCGAGUAUAUGCAGAAUGAAAUCAACAAAGAUCGAGACAUUUCUAGAAAUCUGGAGGAGGUUAAUAAACAUAAAGACUCCACAGCACGAGAGCAAGAUUUUCCUGAGGUGUCACCUGAAGCAAAGAAGAAAGCCGCAGAGGCCAAAUCUAGAGGGGAUGAUGCUUUCAAUACAAAGGAUUUUCAGACAGCGGUUGAUGCUUAUACACAGGCCAUCGACCUGGAUCCAACUGAUGGUACAUUAUUUUCCAACCGAAGCCUUUGUUGGAUACGGUUAGGUCAAGCUGAGCAGGCCUUAGCAGAUGCAAGAGCCUGCAGAGCAUUGAAACCAGAUUGGCCCAAGGCUUGCUAUCGAGAAGGUGCAGCUUUACGUUUGUUGCAGAGGUUUGAAGAAGCAGCAAACUCUUUCUACGAGGGUGUCCAGCUUGAUCCUAACAAUAUGGCAUUGGUCAAUGCUUUCAGGGAAGCAGUUGAAGCUGGCAGAAAGUUUCAUGGCACAGAUAAACAAAAACCAUAAUCCAGCGUCUAUAGCUGAUUCUUUAGAUGAUCAGAUCUGGUGCUGGCGAGGAUCCAUUUUUCUACUUCUGCCUGUCUUCCCUGUAAUUUAUUUCCUUUUGGGGUGGGCGUUAGAUACAGUAAUGAUAGUGUUGAUUUUGAUAGAGAAAAGUUGAGGUGUGGAAUUCAUGAACAACUUAAAGUGACUGUUUUCUGUUUAUUAUUCAAUUUAUUUGAUAUUGUAUCAGUGCUAAUUUAA